CCGGCGCGGCCGGGGCGCCCCGCGCGGACCCGCCACAGACAGGAGUGUCCUGGGAAAGGAACAGAAAAGAGCCGGCACUCACGCGUGGUGAAAGGGGAGUUUUCCUUCCCAGCCGGUGGCUGCUGCUUCAGGGGACCAGCCGGGCCUGGAUGGCCGAGGAGGCUGGAUGGUGCUGGCUGGACAGGUGAAGCCCGUGACAGCCGACCCGGGUCUCGCCAGGCCGUGAGCAAAUGGAACCCUCGCUGAGCACUGUGUUUGACAUGUCUGCCUAAGGACGGGCGCUCCCAUGGGCCAUGGCGCUGAUGUUCACAGGACAUUCCUUAUUUUUAACAUUAACGGUGUUUGCUUUCUCGACUUUUGAGGAAUCUGUGAGCAAUUACUCUGACUGGGCGGUUUUCACAGAUGAUAUGGAUCCGUUUAAGACACAGCAAGUGCAAGAUUUCAGGCCCCAUCCCAAGCUUCCGAGAAGUACGCUUCAUCCGAGUUUAUAUUUUGACGCCGGAGAGAUCCAAGCAAUGAGACACAAGGCUCGCACGAGCCAUUUGCAACUUUUCCGAGCGAUCAGAAGUGCAGUGACAGUCAUGCUGUCCAACCCCACGUACUACCUACCUCCACCCAGGCAUGCUGACUUUGCUGCCAAGUGGAAUGAAAUCUAUGGCAACAAUCUGCCUCCGUUAGCGCUGUACUGUCUGUUAUGCCCAGAAGACAGAGUGGCCUUCGAAUUUGUCUUGGAGUAUAUGGACAGGAUGGCCGGCUACAAAGACUGGCUGGUGGAGAACGCGCCGGGGGACGAGGUGCCCGUCGGCCACUCCUUGACGGGUUUUGCCACUGCCUUUGACUUUUUAUAUAACUUGUUAGAUAAUCCCCGCAGACAGAGAUACCUGGAAAAAAUAUGGCUCGUCACGGAGGAAAUGUACGAGUAUUCCAAAGUCCGCUCGUGGGGCAAACAGCUGCUUCAUAAUCACCAAGCGACGAACAUGCUGGCCUUGCUCACGGGGGCCCUGGUGGCCGGGGCCGGCAAAGGCUCGCAGGUGAACGCGUGGAAGCAGGCCGUGGUGGACGUGAUGGAGAAGACCAUGUUUCUGCUGAACCACGUGGUGGAUGGCUCUCUGGAUGAAGGCGUGGCCUACGGGAGCUACACGGCCAAGUCGGUCACGCAGUAUGUUUUUCUGGCCCAGCGCCAUUUUAACAUCAACAACUUGGAUAACAACUGGCUAAAAAUGCACUUUUGGUUCUAUUAUGCCACCCUCCUCCCGGGCUUCCAGAGAACCGUGGGGAUCGCAGAUUCCAAUUACAACUGGUUCUACGGCCCGGAGAGCCAGUUAGUCUUUCUGGACAAGUUCGUCUUGAAGAGCGGCGCGGGGAACUGGCUGGCUCAGCAAAUCAGGAAACAUCGGCCCAAGGACGGACCCAUGGUCCCCUCCACGGCGCAGCGGUGGAGCACCCUGCACACCGAGUACAUCUGGUACGACCCCCAGCUCACCCCGCAACCGCCUCCCGACCACGGUACUGCCAAAAUGCACGUGUUCCCGAACUGGGGUGUGGUCACUUACGGGGCAGGGCUGCCGAAUACGCAGACCAAUACCUUUGUGUCUUUUAAAUCUGGGAAGCUGGGGGGGCGCGCUGUGUAUGACAUAGUUCACUUCCAGCCCUACUCCUGGGUGGACGGGUGGCGGAGCUUUAACCCAGGCCACGAACACCCAGAUCAGAACUCAUUCACGUUUGCCCCCAACGGGCAAGUGUUUGUGUCCGAAGCUCUGUACGGACCUAAGCUGAGCCACCUGAACAACGUGCUGGUCUUCGCGCCGUCACCCACGAGCCAGUGCAACCGGCCCUGGGAGGGCCAGCUGGGAGAGUGUGCACAGUGGCUCAAGUGGACCGGGGAGGAGGUGGGUGAUGCCGCGGGGGAGAUCGUGGCCGCCUCGCAGCACGGGGACACGCUGUUCGUGAGUGGGGAAGCCGUGUCUGCCUAUUCCUCGGCCAUGAAACUGAAGAGUGUGUAUCGUGCGUUGCUUCUCCUGAAUUCCCAGACGCUGCUGGUGGUUGAUCACGUGGAGCGGCAAGAGGAUUCCCCGAUCAAGUCUGUCAGUGCCUUCUUUCAUAAUCUGGACAUUGACUUUAAGUACAUCCCGUACAAGUUCAUGGGCCGGUACAACGGGGCCAUGAUGGACGUGUGGGACGCGCACUACAAGAUGUUCUGGUUCGAUCAGCACGGCAGCAGCCCCGUGGCCAGCAUCCAGGAGGCAGAGCAGGCUGCGGAGUUUAAGAAACGGUGGACUCAGUUUGUGAACGUCACCUUCCAGGUGGAAGCCACCGUCACGAGGAUCGCGUAUGUCUUCUACGGGCCCUAUGUCAAUGUUUCCGGCUGCAGAUUCAUUGAUAACUCCCACGCCGGCCUCCAGAUUUCUCUUCAUGUCAAUAACACUGAGCACAUCGUUUCCAUGGUAACAGACUACCCCAGCCUCAAGGCGAGAUUCGAUUACCUGGGAUUCGGUGGCUUUGCCAGUGUGGCCGAUCAGGGCCAAAUAACCCGGUUCGGGGUGGGCACUCAAGCCGUCGUGAAGCCCGUGAGGCGCGACAGCGUUAUCUUCCCCUUCGGAUUUAAAUUUAAUAUAGCGGUGGGGUUGAUUCUGUGCAUCAGCUUGGUGAUUUUGACCUGUCAGUGGCGCUUUUACCUUUCUUUUAAGAAGAUGAUGCGCUGGAUACUGAUCCUCGUGAUCGCCCUGUGGUUCAUCGAGCUGCUGGACGUGUGGACCACGUGCACCCAGCCCAUCUGUGCCCAGUGGACGAGGGCAGAGGCCGGGGCCGGCGCCCAGGCUCCGUCCCCCGAGGGCCGCCACCUUGACCUUCCUGAUGUUGUCAUCGCCUCCCUUCCGGGGUCGGGAGCUGAAAUUCUCAAACAGCUUUUCUUCAACAGCAGCGACUUUCUGUACAUCAGGGUGCCCACGGCCUACAUCGAUAUCCCGGAGACGGAGCUGGAGUUGGGCUCGUUUGUGGACGCCUGCGAGUGGCGAGCCUCGGAUGUCCACGGCGCGCGGUUCCGCCUGCUCCGGGGCUGGCUGCAGUCUCUGGUCCAGGACACGAAGCUGCACUUGCAGAACAUCCACCUGCACGAACCCAGCAGGGGAAAGCUGGCGCAGUAUUUUGCAGCGAAUAAGGACAAGAAAAGAAAACUGAAAAGGAGAGAGUCUUUGCCCGAACAGAGAAGUCGGAUGAAAGGCGCCUUUGACAGAGAUGCUGAAUACAUUAGGGCUUUGAGGAGGCACCUGGUCUUCUACCCCAGCGCCCGGCCUGUGCUCAGCCUAAGCAGUGGGAGCUGGACUUUAAAGCUUCAUUUUUUCCAAGAAGUUUUAGGAGCCUCCACGAGGGCGUUAUACGUAGUGAGGGACCCUCGGGCGUGGGUUUAUUCAAUGCUGUACGGUAGUAAGCCGAGUCUUUACUCUCUGAAGAAUGUACCGGAGCACUUAGGUAAAUUGUUUAAAAUAGAGGGAGGUAAAGGCAGAUGCAGCAUCCACUCCGGCUACGCUGUUGAGUACGAGUCGUUGAGGAAAGAACUGUCCAACUCCAGGUCCAACGCAGUCUCCCUGCUGUCGCAUUUGUGGCUGGCAAACACAGCAGCCGCCCUGAGAAUAAACGCAGACUUAAGGCCCACCAGCUACCAGCUGAUCAAGUUUGAAGAUAUUGUGCAUUUUCCUCAGAAAACCACUGAAAGGAUUUUUGCCUUUCUUGGAAUUCCUUUAUCUCCUGCUAGUUUAAACCAAAUAUUGUUUGCCACCUCCACGAACCUUUUCUAUCUUCCCUACGAAGGGGAAAUAUCACCAACGAGCACUAAUGUUUGGAGACAGAACUUGCCUAGAGAGGAAAUUAAACUGAUCGAAAACAUUUGCUGGACGCUCAUGGAUCGUCUGGGGUAUCCAAAGUUUAGGGGCUAAAUGCUGCAGGUCGGCAGAAAUUUGCACUAACGCGUUCCCACCCAAUUUGUGGCUAUGGAUUAGAAGUGUUUGUUUAUUCUUGUACGGCGUGUGUGAUUGUGUGUGUGUGUAUGUGUGUGCGCAGCGUGUUACUUGCACAGAGAUUAUUUUAAAAAUAGGUACCAUGUUUGGGCUAGCAGGAUUUAUUUUUAUGUUACCAUGAUCCUCGCUUUUGCUUCUGAAAUUUUUUCUGCAAAAAUAUUUCUGCUCCAGAGCGUUGGUGAAGUUCUAUCACGGGGGGGUCUGGGGAGAAGGGACAUUCGGGAAGGUUCUCCUCUUAACCUGCCUUUAUCUGUCACUGCUCUUCUGUCUCAACCUCAAACACUGCUGUAGGCCUUGGUUGCGGCUUCCCUCACGCAACUCUUGUUUUUAAGAUUGACUGCUGAAGUCCCUUAUCUGUUUGACAAGGACGUCUGACACACUCACCUUACACGCCCAUAUAAACACUAGUGUGUGCAAUGCCCGGUGCCGUCUCUGGGGAAAUGGUGCAAGCGCCUAUCAGAACACCAGGAUUUCAUCUGGGAAAUAGAAAUGGGAAUACAGAAUGAUUUUUUUUUCUUUUUUUGAGGUCAGAAUCAGUGCCCCAAAAAAGCUCUCCUGCAAGUUUUUUACUGAGAAGGCUGUAGUCUCUGAAGAAUCUGGGAGCCAGGGGCACAUGGAGCAUUUUUGCUGCUUCCCUGUUAAAACUCUUGUCCUCCUUGAAGCCGCAGCUGCUCCCUGUCACGCUCCUCCUGUCCUGUCGUUUCUGUCACUGUCUUGCAAAAACAGUCAGCACUUACUAAUUGCUAAACUCUUGAUAUUUGUGGGGAUUUUUUUUUUCCCCAUGGUGAUUAAUUUUGCACCAAAGCUUGACACAGACUUAGAAUCAAAUUUCUUUUUGUGGAAUUAUCACUGGAUGACUAAAGCAAGCUGGGCCGCUGCUGCGAGGGGUUUUUUUUUUUUUUUUUUUGGACUGGAAACAGAAUUGGAAAAUUGCCUGACUUCUCUUGCAUCCCUUUGAAAGAGUGCACAGACCGCCAGUGUCUGCAGAAGUUGAAGGCAAACGGGAGAUGAUGUCAGAGGCAUCUGUUUCCUUUACCAUCUGCAUCUUAUUAGAAGUGUAGCCGUCAUAAAAUGGGGUGUGUUUUAUCUUGGUCAUCUCUGAAAUCAAAACGCUAGGCCGUGAUCAGCCAGUGGAGUAAUUGCAAAAUAGUGGAUGAUCAAAGACUGGGAGGCAGCGUGGACUUGAGAAUCGGGGCUGCUGUCUUCCCUGAUGGUUCAAACCACGCGUCCGCCCAGCUCUCUAGCACCCGGGAGUCUGUCACUCUGACCUAGAUAAAAGUGGUUCUUUCUCAGUAGUUUGUUAUUAUGUCAAAAUGUGCCUCCAGAGUGAUAAAGCCCUGGAUGCGUUACAUUCCCGCUACCCCAACUUGCCUGUCAUGCUUUCUCUUCCAUUAGAGUGAGUGUAGCCCACUGACACCCCCCCCCCAAACAGAAACCCCCCUUCCUGCCUUCCACAGCUGUCACUGUUUUCUCUACACUGUGGAAAUGAAGGAAAAUCAUUCUUGUAUUCGUACAGGUGGGUAGGAAGACGGAAGACCUGCAUCUGUACUCUUCUUCUCGAGGAAGAUUGUUCUUUCUAGCUCAGGGUUAUCAGCCAGCAUGUAAAAUUGCUACACGGACGAUAACACUAUUUCCAUUACGGGUCAGACUGCCAGUGUUUGCUUUUGGCUCCUGGGAUGUGUGGUCUCCGAUCAGAUCAAAUCAAACGGCUCUGGUUGGCAGGAGUAUUAAGUCUGAUCAAGUCAAGGUAAGAAUUACAAAUGCGUGUGGGUCCCGCCAGGAGAGCGGAGCCACCCGGGCCUUGCUUUUAACGUUAUGCAGAACCAGGCUCACAGGCAGGGCUUGCAGCCCUGGAGGGAGAGGGGAGGGGCCGGGCCGAGGCGGGGGAGGGAGAAAGAGUCAUUCUGGGAGUGACUAUGGGAACAGCACAGGGCCCUGUCAUUGCAGCAAAGCAAGGGAUGAGUUCUCGGCUUCACCCCCAAGUGGCCCUGCAGGUAAAUUUCCCGGUCUCUGUACUCACCCCGGGGGAGUUUGCUGGAGUGGGGAGACCAUUUGCAAUGCCCUGGAGAAUGCUUUGCAUGGUGACAGGGCCUUCAGGUGUACAAGUGUCUGUUCCCCCGGGGCCCCCAGGUUAGUGUAACCUGGGUAUCGAAGGGGACUGACGCUGGCAUGUCCAGGUCCUGCGGUCUUAGGGUGCUGCUCUUGGAACUAUCCCGGUAGCCUCUGCUCUUCUUUUUAUCACCUUGAAAAUAAAUGAGUGAUAUUCAUUAUGUGAUGCUUGUGAAGGCAGCAGUUACAAGAUGUCCUCUCUGAAAUAAAUUCUUAUCUUCAUUGACUUCUCCAGAUGUGGGUCUAAUUAGAUCUAAAGUCUUUAUUAAAUUGAAAUCUUGACAGCAUGACUGCAUUUUGCUGACAAAAGUAAUGUAGCUGUGGUGGUAAUAAUCUAGUUUUCAAAAGUCUGAAAUGUCACUUGGAAUGAAAGGGAAAAACAUGAUUCUGGAGUUGAGUUUAUGGUCAUGAAAAUGCCAGAGAGGAGAGAAGACAGGACAGUCUGUUCAGGAGAAGGAAGAUCAAUCUCUGAACGUGCUUUAAUUUAUAGAAACCUACGGGGGCACGAGUUUUAAGGAGAUGACAGGAUACAGACACUAGACCUAGACCCCAAAUUGGGCACGCGAUUGGCUUUCUUUCCAGAGAAUUAAUGAAUACAUGCCAACAAGGAUGAGCUGUCAAGACUCCCCAGCGUGGCAGACACCUGCCAGUGCCCUCGCAUGUCUUCAGAGAAGACUCCACACUGAUUGUGUUAACACUUUCCCUUGUGUAGGGGUGCUGCCCCUCCCCGCUGCAGUUUACUUUCCAUAGAUUUCAUUUAUCAGAACUUUUUGGUCCAUCGUCAGUGAUCCUAGACCACCUUAAUAGAUAGCUUCUAGCACAUUCAAUUAUCUGUAAUGAGUAAACAUGAACGGUGAUUUUAAAUCAUUCUAAUUGAUUGGCUUGAUUAAUUCUGGUCGCUAUUAGAAAAAAAUUUCUGCUGAUUCACUUAAGGAAAAAAUUGCAAAGAGGAGGCAAUAUGUUCUGACACCAGUUCCAGAGGUAAGGGCACCUGGCAUUCUAAAAUAUACCAAGGAAUUGACUAUGCGGGCUAUUUACUGGUGAUGUAAUUGUUGACCAAACCAUGUCUACUAAUGUAUCUAAAAUGAAUUGUGAAGGCAACUAAGAACUAAAUGGUGAGUUUUUGCAAAAAGGAUGAUUAGAAUUUGAAACAGCAGAUUCUAGUGUCCUCUAACUUGCAGAUGCUUGAGCUAUACUUUAUAUGAGCUUAUGUUUUAUUUAGUCCAAAGAACAUAUACAUGUUUAAUUGAUUCUAUUUCCAGAAGAUAGGUUCAGCCAACACUUCCAAGCCGUGGUGGGUUCUGUCCUUGUUAAGCCUUUUUCCCCACACCUGCUCAGUCAGUAGCAAAGAAAACUGACUGAAGAUUAUCAACUCGGUUAUUGGAACUAUAUGUAUAAUAAAGCUCUUCUGUUAAUAAAUACAUUAAAAGCAACUUGGCUAUGGCUCGGGUAAUUUUGUAAUAGUCCUCUCUUCCUUAGGUAUCUGGGUAACUGUUAGGAUUUUGUUUGGAAGUGAGAAGGCAGAAGUCGGGGAAUCUGGGACAAGUUGAAGAUGACACCCGGUCCCACCAUAGCAGCCACUCAACUUGCUCCCUCAGUGACACGCAGCCCUGGCUUCUGUUUCCUGCACUAGCGCCAUGUCUCUAUCUGGGUCUCCCUCUAUUUCACUUUUCUACAUACAUCACCCCAACUGAUUCAAUGGUAAGAGCUCUCUCUACCAAGCACCUGUGCACACUUUCUCCCUCACCUCCCACCCCGCACCGUUAAGAUCUUCACUCAUGUUCUCACUAACAAGAAGGUUCUUACAGGUUACCUGAGACAUUCUAAGUGGGGAAAGUCCAGGUGUGGCACAAUGUAGACCUUUCUGAAAGAGGGAGAGGAAUCUAUCAUGAGUUACUUCAUAUGUGCUACAGAAUGACCCAGAAGGUAUUCGUGUGUGACAUCAUAACACUCACAACUCUACAUGUGUCUAGUUUACAGAUAUGUUGGAAGCCCAUAUUUUCUCUUCAGGGAAUAUGACUUCAUGAAGGAAUUUUGAUUGGGUUUAUAAUUCAUCGAUCAAUCCCGUCAUUUGCCAGACCUUUUGGAUUUGCUGUCAGGGCGCUUACUGGCUUCAGACAAGAGCACGAGAGCAGCUGACUGUGACCCCGCCUUGUGAGGAAUGGAGGCCCUCGAGGCUUCCAAAUGAGUAGAAAUUCAUCCAGGAGAGGAGCGCAGGGACUUGCCAGGUGGUGCUUACUCACGGACAGGCACCCCGAAGUGUUCUCUUCCCUAGGAAACAGAGAUUCCUCCCCCACAGGGCGCUCAUGAGGAAUGGGGGUUCAUCAGGUGAGGGACUUACAGUUGGUGAGGUCAGGUACAUUUCCCACCUGUUCUUGGACUUUGAUUAUGGCGCCCUAGUGCAUCCAUGCAGGGAGAAUAGCAGACAGAACUCAUCAACUGGCCCUGAUCUCUCCCCAGCCCACUCACUCAGCCACCCCCACAUGCUUCUAACAAGGAAAUCCCGAGGGGUGCCCUGAGGAGAACAGUGUGAGCGGGGCCUGACUGGUGUGCGCCGACCAGCGGCAGCGGUGAGAGCAGGAAGGUGGCACAUGAUUUCAUCCAGGCCCCACUCUCCCUUCUGUGCCUGCCUGAUCCACCUGAGGCUAGACGGGCCGUCAGUACAGGGGAGGCGGGAGAGAAUAAACACGUGAGACUCACCCCUUGGACAGUGUAGUCCAGUCUAGUCGGCCUCAUUCAUAGCUUAUUCUGGGCCUCCCUGGUGGCCUAGGAGACCUCUCCUGUCUCCCCGCUGCUCCCCUCAGCAGUGUUUCAGUAGAUCUGCCUGUUCUGCUCCCCACUCUGUCUCGGGUGAAUCCUCGCACCCUCCCCAAUCUGGCCUAUACCCCAGUUCUACGGAAAAAACAAAACAAAACAAAAAACACCCCCCUUAUUCUGCUGCUCACUCUACUCCUUGUACAGAGAAGCCUGCCCCAGGUGGUAGUGAAUAGUCUCAGCAAGUCAGUGAUGCACAAAUAUAUUUAAAUAGGACUUACUUUAGGAAACAAUCUGUCUUUACCAUAGAGAAGAAGGAAGGAAGCCAGGCAGGCAGGCAGGAGAAGAGAGGAGGGUUGCCCUGAUGCCUUUGGGAUGAAAUGUCAUGUUCCUUUCACGUUUAGCUGGCAUGCCGUGUUAGCUGGCACGCCGUGUUUCACAGGUCCUAGAUACAUGCUGUUCUCCCCCAUGUUGUCUUCUGCUGUUUCCACACUUGAGCUUCAUGCCCGUUUCCAUGUUUCAUGCAGCAAAUGCUCACGCACCCGAGCCGUCCAUGGCGUGCUCUGUUACUCCUUCUGGAAGUCAGCUCCGCUCCCAGCACCUGCCUUUCCUCACAGAUAAAGGCAAUAUAGCCUGUCUAAUCCCCCCUUAAAUUGGGUACCCCUCUCUGACAAGGCAAAAGACACUUCUUCUUAAUUGCACCAUGCAAAUAAUGUGCCAAACCCUGAACACGGUGGUAAAAGAUGACUGCCUCAGUUACGUUGGCAUUUAUCUGGUUUUAAUUAUGGAGUCAUUUACCCUCUCACCUUGCUCCGAAAGAUGGUUUGUUGUAGAUCUGAGCUGCUUGGAAUUUUUAAAUAUGGCUGUUUUAAUUAUAUGGUACUACUUCAAUGCGAGCUUCAAUGUGAUCGUUGAUAAAAUGAUUAAAGGAGGCUUUGUUUGCAAGAAUACAUAAUAGAACCAAGAAGGGAUGCAGUUGCUUCAUGAGACACCCACAUGAAUACAUCAAAAUAGCACAGUUAAUAAAAGUUGGCCCCAUAUAAACAAAAUAGGUGCAUUUUGCUCUUCAUAUCCAACCACUAACCUGGGCCCCUGGCUAAUUCAGGGCUCACCGGCGCUCAGCAGCUUGCUUGGGUGCAUCAUACGCUCGAUCGUUACUCCUUUCUCUUUCACCCGGCAUUAGGCAUCAGACAGCUACACGCCCCUGCUGUUGAGCCUGGAAAGCAAGGUCCGUGGUUGCAGACACAUCAGAACUAGACAAACUUCCCUCUUACUUAGCGGCAAGUGUUUUUUUCUCUGUUCCCAACACGCACGGUGGGUUCUUCCCUUGUCCUGUUUGUGAUUCACCCCCAUUUUCUUCUUUACUUUGAAGGGGACAGUCUCUUAAAAUUUUAUAUUUGUGACACUUUUUUAUAUUAGAUGAGAUUUGAAAUUAGAUAAAACUGAAUUCCUAGGUUAGUAAAUACAGCUAUGAUAUCUUAGGUAAGCUUUUACGUUUUAGAUUUCUGUUUCCUCCUCAUUUGUAAAAUUGUCUCAAAGUUGAUGCCAGGGUCAACUAAAAUCACGUGUGAAAAUUAAUAGAAAGGUACUUAUUUCCUCUUUGUGAUCACUGCAAAUCCUCAAGUGAUAUUGAUUGUAGAUAUGUACAUAUGUAUUUAUACACACACACACAGAGAGAGAGAGAGAGAGAAAGAGAGAGAGAGAGAGAGAGAGAGAGAAUAUGAAUAUGUGCCCAAACCCAUUUGGUGGCAGGUCAUUUUCCCAAUGAGAAGGUAUUAAAAAUAUUUUCAGAUAAUUUCAACAUAUAUAGUUAAGAUAUA